GGGUAAGAAAACGGAAAAUCGACACACGAAGGCGAUUUCUCGCGAGAAUGUAUCGGCCGGCCGUUGCUUCAUCUUCUCCGGUGGCGGUGGCGAUCGCGUUGGCGGUAAUCCAACUGAUCAUAAUACUUCCGGCCGCCGUCGUAGCUCGCACGAAACCGAUUCCGGCCGAGCCAUCAAAACUCGACGAAUGGAUCGAGAACAACAUGAAAGAAUAUCACGAACGUAAGGCGAACGACACCGGAGUCAAAGCCCUAGACAAGCGGCUCGCCAUGGCGGAGGACGCCGUUCGGCUUAUCACGGUACGACCGGACGGCCGCGGAAAUUUCACCACCAUCACCGCCGCGAUCGAGAGCAUUCCGGCGGGAAACACGGCUCGAGUCAUAGUGUGGAUCGCCGGCGGAAUUUACCGCGAGAAGAUCACGAUCGACGCGUCGAAGCCGUUCGUUACGCUGUACGGACAGAACGGGAAAAUGCCGGUGAUAACGUUCGACGGCACGGCGUCGGAAUUUGGAACCGUGCAGAGCGCGACGGUGGCGGUGGAAUCGGAUUACUUCGUCGCCGUUAACAUUGCGUUUGUGAAUUCAGCUGCAAUGCCUGACGUAAGAGUGUCGGGAGGACAGGCAGUGGCAAUGAGGAUAUCUGGGGACAAGGCAGCAUUCCACCACUGCCAUUUCAUAGGAUUUCAGGACACAUUAUGCGACGACAGAGGCAGACAUUUCUUCAAGGAUUGUUACAUCGAAGGCACUGUUGACUUCAUCUUCGGCAAUGGCAAAUCCCUCUACUUGAAAACUAGAAUAAACUCAGUGGCGGAAGGGAUGGGAGUGAUCACAGCUCAAGCGAGGGAAGAUGCAACAGACGACAGCGGAUUCACAUUUGUAUAUUGCAACAUCACAGGAACUGGAAACACGUAUCUAGGAAGAGCAUGGAAGGAGAGAACUCGUGUGGUUUUUGCCUACACAUACAUGGGAAAUCUCAUUAACACCGAAGGAUGGUCCGACAAAAUGCACCACGGAGAGCCUAGAAAGAGUAUGUACUAUGGAGAGUACAAAUGCAUGGGGCCCGGGGCGACCCCAGCGGGACGAGUGAAGUAUGCGAGAAUACUCUCCGACGAAGAAGCGAGGGCAUUUUUGAGUAUGACUUAUAUUCAUGGAAACAAAUGGCUUCUCCCACCCCCACUUCUUUCUUUUUCCCGUUCUCAUCCCAAUACCUUCCAUUGAAAAUGUACAAAGGGCUAUUGAGGGUAGCUUUUUUGUCCCAUGUUUUAGUUUCAUUCAUUUGUAAUUGUUGUACCAAAAACUCACACCUUCCUCUCAUUAUACCCCUCUCCUCUCUCUCUCUUGUAUGUGUUUGUGUUCUCUUUCAUAACGUUAUUUUCCAAUGUUAAUUAGUUUGCCAAAGAGCAUUUGUACUUGCUA